CUUUAUUUCGCCAAGUGUCUCUUCUCUCGUUGUACUUGUCUAUUUUGUCGAAUCCCACAUACAUUCUAUUUAUCCCUAGCAUUCACUUUUCGCUUUGCAGCAGCAGUCAAAAAUAACAGAUACAGACCGUCAUGGUGAAGAGAAAGUCCACAGCUGCCGCGGGUGCAAAGGCCAAGCCCCAGGCCAAGCCCCACGUCUACCCCAAGUCUAAGGACAGCAGCAAGUCACAAUUGUUGACAAAGAAGAACGGCAAAUCAGCACCUAUCGUGCCUACCAUCGACUGCCCCGCGCAGUCAUCUGACGAGGAGGUUGACGACGACGACUUGGAGUUCGUGAAAGAGAACGCCCAAAACAUUAGCUUCUUGAAGUCGCUAAACCCUGAAAAGCUUGCAAACAUACCAAAGAGCGCAAACUCCAAGUCCAAGUCCAAUGUCCCCGCCCCCACCGAUCUGUCGGAAUCCGAAGACGACAUGGGCCUCGUGGCCGAGGACAGCGAUUCUGACCUGGAGGUGUUUAGCGAGGACGAAGAGGCUGAUAGUAGCGACGAUGACGCUGAGGACCUUUUGGAAGACCUGGAUCUCACAGAUUCCGAGGACGACGACGAAGACGACAUUGAGGCUGAAAGCAUGAGUGACGCAGAUAGCGGUGAUGAAGACAGCGAGGAAAAGGAGCUGGAGGACACUUCCAAGGAUUAUGAUUUCCAGAACAGCAAGUCGCGCCGCGCACAGAAGCGCAAAACCAUGAUGGAGGGCGCAAUGGAUUAUGAGGGCCACACCCACAAGCUUCCCAUCAAAACCGCUGACGGUCGCCUGCUCAACGUCGACGAUUCGGAUGACGACGAGGCUGCAGAUAAGAAGAGUGGCAAUGAAAGCGAUGAGGACGACGAGGCUGCCACUGCCCAAGACGGCAAGGACGCUGGAUCCGACGAUGACGACUCUGAGUCCGACUCUGAUUUGGGUUCUAGCUCCGGCUCCGACUCUGACGAGGAGCCCGCGUCGAGAAAGAGCUCGAUGGGUGCUGCGGCAAUCGCUGAGGCAGAGAGACUUGAUUUGAGCGAGGCGCCCGAUCGUGAUCUGAUGACGCGCAAGCAGUACAUUGUCGCGCAGCAGAACCGGCUGGCUGGACUCGCCGACCUUGUCAUGCAGAACCCCGAGGGCAGCUCAAAGGCCCUGCGGAUGCUCAACGAGGUUAGCGAGGACGAGGACCCCAAGGUCAAGCAGCUAGGUAUACUCACGCAGCUCGCAGUGUACUGCGAUAUUCUUCCCGACUACCGCAUUCGCGAGCUGACCGAGAAGGAGAUGCAGAUGAAGGUGACGCGCGAUGUGCGCCAGCAGCGCAUCCACGAGGAGAGCCUCGUCAAGAACUACAGCGCGUACUUGAAGCAGCUGUUCACAGCCGUCAAGCGCGCCAUGAAGAUCUUCAACGAUGAGACUGCCGAUAUCGCGACCGGCAUCAUUGCCACCCGCGCGCUGGGCGACCUCACCAACGCGCACCCGCACUUUAACUUCCGCAAGGAUAUCAUGGCUGCACUGGUGGACAUAUACGUGCAGCCGUCGUCGCGCAUCAACUUUGAGGCAUUCACGCCAUGGCCAAGACAGCACGCCUGGCCGUCUGCGCAUGUUCCGCGACGACGUGUCUGGCGAGUACUCGCAGAACGCCGUGAUCCUGGCGUCCAAGCGGAUCAAGCGUCUCUCGUACCGCGUCGACCCCAGCGCGCUGCGGCCCUGGUUGCACCUGCGUCUGCGCGAGGAACUGCGCGAGAACCCGAGGACCGCAAGCGCAAGGAGGAGGACCUGCGCCGCAAGGAGCAUAUGCGCGAGAAGCGCAAGGCUAUGCGCCGCAACAAGGGUGGCGCCGCACUCAAAGAGGCCAAGCGCGCGAUGCACGAGUCCAAGAAGCAGGUGCGUGCACGCAAGGUGCAACAGGAAGUCGAGAAGUCUAUGCGCGUGGCUGAGGCCGAGGUGUCGCGCGAGGAGCGCGAGCGGUGGUACGGUGAGACGCUCAAGCAGGUAUUCAUCACGUACUUCCGCAUUCUCAAGCAGAAGGACAACAUUGGCGGUCUGCUUCCCGCCGUGCUCGAGGGUCUGGCCAAGUACGCGCACCUGAUCAGCGUCGAGUUCUUUGUCGACUUGUUCCAUCUGCUCAAGAGGAUCAUGCGCGGCCAGCACGGCGUCGGCGUCGGCGCUGAGGAGGCCCUGGUCACUGAGUCUGUCAGCGAGGCCUCCGAUCUGGUGUCGUCGCGCGUCGGCUUGCGCACAUCGCUGCUGUGCAUCCUCACGGCGCUGCAUAUCCUAACGGGCCAGGGCGAGGCACUCAACUUAGAUCUCAAGGACUUCUUCUACCAGCUCUACGCGCUGAUCCCGCCGCUUGGCACCAACCCGCAGAUCGAGGCCACGCGCAUGUCGACCAUGUCCGAUGGCACACGGUACACGGUGUAUCUGACGCCUGCCGAGGUUGCCGCCGCCAACGCGACGCGCAUUUUGGACGAGGCUAUGUGGGAGGAGACUGUGCGCAGCGAGUCCGACCUGAUGUUCGAGUGCCUCGAGCUCAUGUUCCUGGGCCGGACCAAGGUCUCAUCUAUGAUUCGCGUGGCGUCCUACUGCAAGCGACUCUUACCCGACGCUCGACCGCUGUUUUCGUCCGAGGAGCAGGCUGGCAGCGGCCUGUACUUGAAGGAGAUGGAUGACCCAGACAUGUGCAAUCCUUUUGCCACCUGUCUGUAUGAGCUGCACUGGCUCCAGAUCCAUCACCACUCGAGCGUGCAGGGGGCUGUCUCUCGCUGCUUGACUACGCCAAGGCCGAAGAGAAGAAGCACAAGAUCUAAAAAAUAUAUAUCUCUUUGCCUUUACACAACAGCACCCUUUUGCGAUAUAAAAAUAUUUACAUAAAUUUCACUCCAU